UUGGUCAAGACAGUUGACCAACUCUUCCCCUUUCCUGUUUACAGACACAAUCUGCGAAGAUAGAACUUCUCAUAACUUCAAUGUCCAAACCAAUAUAAACCCCAUAGAGAUAUCGACCGAAAACGAAAACCCAAUCUCAAAUCUCCCGAAUUUAGUUCAAAAGCUCGAAUCUUUUAAUUGUUUCGAUGGGUGAGAAAGAUUCAGAGACAGCUCCGAUUUGGGGAAGAACACGACAGAGCGAGAGCAACAACAUCCACCGAAUGGAUGUGGAAUCGUCUGCUCUGUCUGAGCAACAUCGAUCUCAGAACCGAAGUCGAGGAGGUUCUUACGAAGAACGAGGAAGAGGAGUUAAGGAGUUUCGGAGCUGGUUCUCUUGGCUCAUCCCCUGUUUCGUGAUCGCUAACGUCGUCGUGUUCGUGAUCACCAUGUAUGUCAACAACUGUCCGAAGAAGUCUGGAGACUGUUUCGCGGGUUUCUUGGGCCGGUUCUCGUUUCAGAGUACAAAAGAGAAUCCUCUUCUGGGUCCUUCCUCUCUCACGUUAAGAACAAUGGGUGGAUUAGAUGUGAAGAAAGUGGUUAACGGAGAUGAAGGGUGGCGUCUACUAUCUUGCAACUGGUUACAUGGAGGAGUUGUUCAUUUGUUGGUGAACAUGUUGACUCUUUUGUUCAUCGGUAUGCGUAUGGAACGUGAAUUCGGUUUUAUACGGAUUGGAUUGCUUUAUCUAAUAUCGGGGUUUGGAGGAAGUAUAUUGUCAGCACUUUUCCUCCGCUCAAACAUCUCUGUGGGAGCAUCUGGUGCUGUCUUUGGUUUACUUGGAGGAAUGCUCUCUGAGAUCUUUAUCAACUGGACAAUCUAUACUAACAAGGUUGUGACGAUCAUAACUCUUGUACUGAUUGUGGCGGUAAACUUGGGACUCGGUGUGCUUCCUGGAGUAGAUAACUUUGCUCAUAUUGGAGGUUUUGCUACUGGUUUUCUUCUUGGAUUUGUGCUUUUAAUCCGUCCUCAUUACGGAUGGAUCAACCAAAGAAACGCUCCUGCAGCUAAACCUCACAAGUAUAAUAUCUGUCAAGCCAUAUUAUGGACUGUCUCUCUUCUCCUCUUGCUUGGUUGGUUCAUUGCUGGUUUGAUCUCACUUUUUAACAAUGUGGAUGGAAACAAACAUUGUUCAUGGUGUCAUUAUCUUUCAUGUGUUCCAACUUCUAGAUGGAGCUGUAACCGAGAACCAGCCUCUUGCACGACGACUCAAUUAGGCAACCAGUUGAGCAUAACUUGUUUGAGGAAUGGGAAGUCAGGAUCAUACAUUUUGGCAAAUCCCUCGGAUUCACGGAUUAAUAGCUUAUGCGUUCAGCUUUGCCGUUGAUUUUAGAAUACACAUUCAGUCAUUGUAUCUUAUUUUGUGUAUAUUUAAUAGGAGCACCUUGUUGAAUAAAUAUCAAGAUAUUAUUCUGAAUUGUAUUUGAGUUUUGAGAUCUCUGGUAAACCAUCACAGUCGUGUUUGAUCGUA